AUGGAUGUCAAGUCCAAGGCUGCGCAGACAGUCGAUCCUGAUAUUGCUGUCGAGCCUGGCGACAUGGAGUUACUCGGAUGGCUCGUUGCAAGCGUGUUCAUCUUUAUCGUUGGCCUGGCUAUGGCUGAUCUGGCAUCCGCGAUGCCAACCGCUGGCGGUCUUUAUUUUUGGACGCAUUAUUUCAGCGACGAGAAAUGGAAGAAUCCGCUGAGUUUUGUCGUUGGAUACAGCAAUACCAUCGGCCUUGUGGGUGGUGUCUGCUCGAUCGAUUAUGGGUUUGCGACCAUGUUGCUCUCGCUCGUUUCCAUUGCCCGCGAUGGGGAGUGGACUGCUUCCCGCCCAGUCGUGUAUGCCACAUACGUCGCUUGUGUCGUUGUACACGGGUUGAUCACCACGUUCUUUGCGCGCAUCAUGCCGAAGAUCCAGACGCUCUGCAUCGUCAGCAACAUCGGGCUCGUGGUAGCAACCGUGAUUGCGCUCCCGAUUGGCAAGGCGAUGAACGGCGGACCGGUGAACCCGGGUUCCUAUGUCUUCGGGCAUAUUGAUAACCUGACCACAUGGCCAGCGGGCUGGGCGUUUAUGCUUGCGUGGCUCUCGCCUAUCUGGACCAUUGGCGCCUUUGAUUCCUGCGUUCAUAUGAGCGAGGAGGCUACUCAUGCCACACGUGCCGUACCACUCGGUAUCCUCUGGUCGAUCGGGCUGUGUGGCAUCCUGGGGUUUCUGUCUCUUGCAGUUAUAGCAGCCGUGAUGGAUACCAACCUGGAGAAAGUGCUGGGGACUGCUUUUGGUCAACCGAUGGCACAGAUCUACUACGACGCACUCGGCAAACCCGGUGCACUGGGCUUCAUGGCCGUUGUCGCCAUCGUUCAGUUCUUCAUGGGCCUGAGUCUCGUCCUCGCAGCCUCCCGACAGAGCUGGGCCUUCUCCCGCGACGGCGCCCUCCCUUUCUCCUCCUUCUUCCGGCACGUCAGCAAACGCAUCCGCUACCAGCCCGUCCGCAUGAUCUGGGGCGUCGUCGCAGCCGCCAUCAUCAUCGGUCUGCUCUGCCUCAUCAACAGCGCCGCCUCAAACGCUCUUUUCUCUCUCGCCGUCGCGGGCAACGAUCUCGCCUGGCUGACCCCCAUCUUUGCGCGGCUCGUCUGGGGCGGCGAGCGCUUCCAGCCGGGGGAAUUCUACACGGGCCGGCUGAGCAAGCCUAUCGCCGUCACGGCCAUCGUGUAUCUCUUCUUCGCGAUCGUCUUGUGCAUGUUUCCCACCCUGGGACCCGGUCCAACUCCUGAGGAUAUGAACUAUACUGUUGUCAUCAACGGUGCGCUUUGGGGUGGUGCGCUGUUGUAUUAUCUGCUGUAUGCGCGCAAGUUCUACAAGGGUCCGCAGGCGACUGUUGGACAGUCGUCGUCUACUCCUUCGGAGACGAAUCUGGAGGGGUUGGAUGGGGAGAAGGGUGUCAAUUGA